CAACAAUAGCUACGCAUGUUGUUUCCCGCAAUUAUCCGAAGUUACUCCAGUUUCCUACAAUAUAAAUGAAAUCAUCCUUUGAGAUUCUGCAGUCACUGUGAUAACUAUAAGAGAUUACUAUUUAUAGACCACUUGGAAUUUUCCACCAUAAAUUUAAAUUAUGAAACUGUUAGUAAUAUCAAUGCUACUUGCUGUAGCAACGUUAGCAUUAGCAGAAGAAUCUAAAUAUACAGACAGAUAUGAUAAUGUUAACAUAGAUGAGAUCUUAAACAAUCGUAGACUACUGGUCGCUUACGUUAAGUGUAUUCUGGAAACUGGACGAUGCACUGCCGAAGGAAAAGAGCUUAAAAAACACAUUAAAGAUGGUAUGCAGACAGCGUGCUCAAAAUGUACCCAGUGGCAAAGACAGGGCGCCAGGAAAGUUGUCAAACAUAUUAGGGAAAAUGAGUCAGAAUACUGGCAGCAGAUGUUAACUAAAUAUGACCCCAAUGGCGAAUUCAAAAGUAUUUAUGAACCUUUCUUAGAAUCUGAUGACUAAACUAGAUCUUUCAUAAUAAUCAUAAUAAUAAUGAAUUAUUUUAUAUUUUUAAUCUAACUAUGCUCUAUCUUAUAUAUAAUAUAAUUAUAUGAUCUCUGCUACAAA